AUGACUGUAGGCUCGAAGGAGAAGAAAACAUCCACUGAACGAAAUUACAACACGGCCCUAUUUGGAGAAACCACACUGGAAGUCCUUUGCCACAUUGUUCGGUUAAUACAAGCAGUAGGAGAUUACAAAGUCAGAGGGACAAAUACAAAGGCAGCUAAGCUUAUUUGGAAAGUAUCCAAAGCCAGCAAACAGUAUGUUAAGGCAGCUAUAGAUACUAACAAUGUGAUGGACACCGAGGAUGCUACAAGUAAUGCUGUUGCUGUUGAUACAAAUCAUGAGACUACACCUAGUCGAAGCACAGGAACUAGGAAUAAAAUCACAAAAUAUGGCAAAUUGGAGCAAUCUCUCCGAAAUAAUCAAAAUUUCCUUGCUAUCAGCGAAAAAGAAAAGGAGUCCUCCAUAAUCAUUAAUAAUAAUAUAAAAGAUUCACACAAAAAUAUUUCUGAUUCUAACCCUGAAUAUUUGCGUGCCUAUUUCAUAAGUAAAGACAAUUCGCAACUUCCCGAUGACCUUAACGACGAAGCAAAAUGCAAGUUGCAAUCGGACACCUUAAUCGUUUUAACGCCGAUUCUUAUUACAAUAAAUAACAUUAAUUAUGUUUUUAUUCCAACGCAUGAACCUAAUACUAUUGUAACGAAUGAAAUAAUUUUCGAAGCAAUUAAAUGUUUGAAAUCUUUUGCACAUACAGAUUUAGAAAAUUAUUAUGACCUCUACGAUAAUUUUAUUUUUAGUUAUAAAAAAAUGGUAGAACUUUGCGAUUUGAGAGAUUCUCAAAAGGAAUAUUUAAAACCUUGCAUUAUGGCAAAGAGCCUAUUUAAUCGGAUAAGUCGUGUUCUUCACCGUGUUCAAAAUAAUAACAGUAUAAUUGGAGAAAUUCUAAAUAGCCAGCAAUUUUUAAAUCGAAACAAACGAGGUUUAGCCAAUGCCGUAGGCAAUGUUGCAAAGGUUUUGUUUGGAACCUUAGAUGAAAAUGAUGCUUAA